AUGGAGAACAGAGAGAGUCCCGACAUCGAACUCGGGCAGCUGAUGUGCAAGAUGGCCAGUCGAGAGGCAGAGAGCUUCUUCCAAAAGAGCAUGAUGAAACAUGUGCAGCAUUUUCCCGAAGCGCUCAAUGCCCGUGGUCUCGCCUCCAACGUGAUCGAUAGUGUGUAUGCAUGGCAUUCGGCUGGAGAGGGAAGGAGCCUCAAGGGUCUUCCCACCGAUUAUCUCUCGCUGUUCAAGGUGCUGCAGACCAUCUUCUCCGCCAAGUUCUGCAGCAAGUUCGAAAAGCGCUGUCUCGAGUUUGACAUCUUGGUGGAGCGCGAGCACGCGAGCCCUGUCCACCUCGUGAACCGCAGCCUCGCGUCCAGGCUGGUCAUUUCCAGCGCCAUGAUCUCGGAGCACACUGCCGAGUACUGGGUCAGGCUGCUGUGCACGGCCGUGGCCAGCCACUGCUUCCGACAGGCGGCAGCGCAGUUUGGCGACUUGAUCGACCCGCGGACCAUGCGGACCCGAGACGUCAAGGCCGUCUUGAGCGGCCGUACAAACAAAUACGAUGAAAAGUAUACAAAAAGGGGCAGUCGCUUCACGCAGCUCACUCUACAAGGGCCCGAUCUGGUCACUGCCUGGAAAAGUUCCCACAAGACAGCAGGGCUGGAGAGAAUGGCCCCUCGGCAUGAUGCGAUGCCAUCUCAGUCAUGCAACUCUCCCGUCUACUACGGAACAGCGGCCCAUCUCAACGAACUGCAGGAUGACUACAUCGAACUAGUUUCGCUUCCCUUCCGUGGUCUUUCCGGUCAGGACCCAGUCUACGGAGUCAUACCCUACCAUGCGCACAUCAACGCCGCGCCCACCACCCUCGCACCAUUUCGCAGCUUCCUGUCCAGCGUGUUCCGCGCAGAGGUCAUUGACAAGAUGCCGUCGCGGAAUCGAGAUCACACCUGGAAGUCGGGAGACGAGGAGUACGAGAGCGUCAUGCUCUUCCAGUUUCGCCCUCGGCCGCCUCCAUCGACGGGCUACAGCUCGUACACUAUCCCAGAAAACAUGAGAGCGGCGUGGAGAUAUGUUGCCAGAACGGUCGUGUGUCUGAAGACGCCACCGCCGCUCUGCUGGAGGAUGUUUUCAGACAUUCACGGACAGCCAAGGGGCACCGACUGGCCAUUCAUCAUCUACGAGUUGGAAGAUGCAGAGAGGGUCCGCGCUCUGCAGCCUCUGACGGAGGCAUCGCUCUGGCACAGCGUCUGGUGCGGCGAGGGCGUCUGCGAGCUCAACAGCAGCCACAGGGAGUCGUUUGCAAUCAAGUACGACAUCGGGACCGACAGGAAAGAAGAAGGAGAAACAAGAAAACUGAAGGGGCUAUUGAAAAGGCUGCUCUAA